AUGGCUGCACGGCAACUUGAGGAUAUCGGUGCGAUCGAGGAAGUUGACGUCGGAGGCUAUGAAUUGGUCGAUGUCAAGCGUGAAUCUGUUGUUCUUGAAACUGCACCACGUCGGCAUCCAACGGCCGGGAUAAGGAAUCGAUGUCCAUAUGGCUGCGGGAAGCUGAUCGCACUGAGGACAAUAGACUAUCAUCGGACCAACGGCUGCCGUCCUGGAAAUUCUAAGGAUGAAAGUUUUGGAGACACUACUAGAAAGAGGUACUACUGUUGUGGUGUGUGCUACAUGGAAUUUGUUACUCGGACAGCUUUCCACGAACAUUUGAGCAUAGAACACGACGUGCAUCCUCAGAUUCAUGAGUUAACGUUCGCUAGUAUGGAUGAGUUCAAACGUUUUGUUCGUUGGCUAGAAUUGAAAGGAGGCGCACAUUUUCGACAUAAGUCUGGCUCAAAGAGGCGCCAGCGUGGAAAGGGUAUCUUCAUGGCAUGCAAUAGGAGUGGGUUUGUGAAUUCGAAUAAUGCAACAGGUAGCGAUCGUGAUCGCAUUGGACCAUAUCGUAUGGGUCAUACGUGCACGGCGUACAUUCAUGGAACUCAGCAUGCUGACGGCCGUGUAUCUAUCGAGAUGUGUGGAGAUCACUAUGGACACGACAUCCGAAUGCGACUUCCACCAAUCAUCAAAUCUAUUAUAGCCCAACGGCAAAUGGAAGGCGAAAGCAGUGCCGAUAUUAUCGAUUACUUAAGACAACAUUUCCUUCCAUAUGCGAAUGAGAACAUCUACGCGCAGAGGGCGUGCCUUGUUGACAACGAGGAGUUACGAACUAUCCACGUUACCGCAACUAAGAAGUGGGAAGUUGAGGGCAUUCCGACUACAUGCGAAAUAUGGGAGGAAGAAUUACUGGACAUGGUUGGCAUUGUUCGUGAGGGAGUUCCGAGAGUUCGACCUCUGAAUGAGAAAACUACCGAAGAGAUUGCAGUACAACAGAAUUGGCCAAGACCCAUCGUGUUCACAGCGAAAGUUCGUAUGAAGACAGGCGAGUUCGUACCUCAUGAAAGUAUCUUGGAGGCCGAACGUGAAAAUCGGGUCGAGCAGUGCCAAGAAGAUUGCGCGUGUGUGACGCCUGAGAAAGCUGAGGAAUUCGACACUUAUGACGGGUCCUACCCACCACCUAAGAAGCCUUUACUGUCUGAAAGUCUCAACCCAGCUGAAGAUAGCGCAGAUGAAUAUGUUGAUGUGGAUGGGGUUGUUGAAACGGGUCGUCUUCAUGCGCCGAGUCCAUCACGAGGAUUCGGCCAAUUCUGUAUCAGCGUUCAGUCUGCAUUACGUUCUACUGCGUUUGAAAACCCUCAGGCCCAUGAUAGGGCACACUUCACCGUCACCGGAUCGUGCCCAUACAAAUGGCUUUCGAAAUUAAAGAUGUGCGCUGCUGUUAGGCGGCUGGCAGCUGACUUUUCUCGGCUUCUACUGAGUAGACAUGCGACGUUGCCCGCAUUACAAGCUCGUCCUCUUUCCAUUUCUUCAACGCUUCUGGACAGUAUUCGGGAUGCUCACCGAGCUGGCACAAAAAUUACUGGGGCUGCGCUGGAAGUCAUGGAAGGCACGGCUGGCGCAGGGCGGUUCACUGCUGUCAAUCUGCAAAGCCUAGAGUCGCGACUUCCCACUGCCGAAAUAAUGAAAACAGAAUUUGAUGGAAUACCAUACUGUGACCUACCCAUUGUGUACAUUAAAGCUACCAAAAACAAUACUUUAGUCACAGUUAUGGACAAAAAAAAUCAUGUAAUCAUCUACACGUCAUGCCGACUAGAGGGAUUCAAACAUGCCCGUAAGAAAACCACAAUUGCUGGCCAAACAACAGGAGUCGCUGCUGGUCAACGUCUCGUUCGAAGAGGAGUUCGGACCGUGCGUGUGCAGGUCAAAGGCCUUGGUCCUGGACGUAUGACAUGUGUCAAAGGUCUAACGGUUGCCGGUGUUCGAGUUGUGAGCAUCACGGAUCACACUCCUCUUAAAGAACUCGGUCCAAGGCCACGAAAAAUUAGGAGAGUUUAG